AGUCAAAAAGAGUGGCUCUUGACUUGUGUCUGUGAAAGCAGCUGGGAACUGAUUCUCACCCUAAGAUAAAAAUGAUUGCUCUCUGUAUCGCUGCAGUAGCAAUUCUUACUCACUUGAGAGAGAGCUCGAUGCAUGUGGCUGUUCAAAUCCGGGGAUGGCUGGUAUGGAGAUUUGUGGGGCUUGCUUCAACUGUUGUUGGAUUGCUCUGUUAUGCUCUCAGCUCAGCCUUCAACCAUUUAUUCGGAAAGUGGUACUCAUGGAAGAUCUUUCUUUAUAUUGUUGUCAGUGUCUUCAUCUGUCUCUUGAUUUUGUUUCCAGAGAUAUGGCAACGCUUGUUGAUCAGUCCCCGGUUCAAAACUCAUUCACCAUUUUGGGUUGUUUCCAUCACAUCUGUGUAUUCCUUUUUCUUUGACAAAGCCGUAUCUGGAAAAUCAGAUGUAUAUAACCUGAUUUCGUGUGCUGCCUUUGCCAUCGUGUCCCUCAGUUUGUCAAGACGAACUCAUUGUGGAUUUGAAAAGGAUCUUUUAUAUUUUUUUCUGGGAGUUCUAAUAGUACGACUCAUGAUGAUUAAAAUAGCUUUAGGUAUUCUUGGAGUAUGUUUCGGCUAUUUCCUUCAUUAUCUUUGUUACUCAGAUGCUCCUCCACGAGAGUAUGUUGGACUCCAAUCCGUAGUCAUUGAAUUAGCUGAUGAUUCCCCACAGCCACAAGCGGCAAGUACUGAUAUUAAUGCUAGUAUGGCUCAUCAACUGAGGACUUAUAUGAAGGAGCUUACACAGGUAUAUUUGAAUGCCACCUACACGCUUUUCCCAUAUUUUGAAGAGUACGAUGAACUGGAAGUGACGGAACGCAACUACGUGAUGGAAGCGUUGCCCUCGAGUUUGAUCAAUGAUCUUGAAAAGACUGUGAAGGCAAUGAUGGCCGCUGGGUUUAAGAAGGAGUGCUACGAUGUGUACAUCAAAAGUCGGAGGAAAUGCUUGGUGGAUUGUGUAAUAAAUUAUUUCUUGUUUCGAGCUGUCAACAACGAUAAGGAUAUAGCUGCAGGGUUUGGAAUCGAUGUUCUCGUGAUUAGAAGAUUGGCUGAAGCUUUGAAGGUGACUCUGGGGAUACUAUUUUACGGGGAGCAGAGACUUUUCGAUGGUGUCUUCUCGGGAUUCUCUGAUGCAUCUUAUCCUUGUUUCCUACAGAUUUGCGAAGGACUCACCCUUCAGCUCUUGGAUCUUAUUGAUGCAGUUGUGAGUGCGAGACGCUCCGGUAGACAUUGGCGUCCCUUGUUGUACGCCAUCCUUUACUUGUUUAAUACAUUGGGUGAUUUGAUUCCGGAAUUUCAAUUAUAUUUUCCUGAGUCAUUGGUAAAUAAAGCAAUCGAAAUGCAGAACAGAUUGGAAGAAGCAAGCAGAGAUAUUUUCAUGGACUUGGGGAAUAAUCUGAUUUCUCGUAGCCCAACUCUAUUCAAUGUCUCGCAUCAUCCAAUGACCACAGAAGCCAUGGACUGCAUCGUUCAAGGAUCACGGGAGAUCCAGAACCAAAUUUUUGAACACUACCUCAAGGUUAGUAAUAAAUUGGAAAAAUCUUCAUCAUUUUAUGAUUUACAGAAAAUCAAAUCUUCCUGUGCUAUACCAAUGGCGUGGAUGUUACGACAAUUACAGACAGAGUCCAAAAACAUUGAGGAUCCUGCUUGGCAGAAUUUCCUCAUGUUGUCAAGUUGGUUUAAUGUAGAAUGCAUAUCAAUAGAAAAGGGACUCAAAACCUUGUUGGGUGAAGCAGACGCAAAAGUCGUAAAAUACCUCGAACUCUAUGUAAGAAACUCAUGGGAAAAGGGACUCGAAUUUUUGAACUUAGAGAGCUACAAUUCCAUGGACCCCAAUAUUGCAUCAGAGUCCAUGAUAAACAAGCUCACAUUGUUUAACAAGCACUUUCGGGACACAUGCACUAUUCAGUCUUCAUGGUCUGCCUCUUAUAGGGAACUCGGGGAACAAAUGGUAAUAUCCAUUGAAAACAUCUUGUUACCGGCAUAUGGAAAAUUCAUUGACAGGUUCCACCAUAUUAUCGGUAAGCGUUCUUACGAAGAAUAUAUUAAGUAUGGAAUAGAUGACAUUCAAGAUCGACUCCAUGAUUUAUUUCGUGGAAUCAAAGCUUAGCUUUUUCGCUGAAAAGGUCUUCAUCAGAAUAGCUCAAAGAACUUAAUCUUGAUUUGUGUUCUCAUGUUAUGCAAUUGUAUACUUUUUCUCAUAAUUUCAAAUUUAUGUUUCCUUUUUUAUUUUAAUAUUUUAAAUUCAUUUGUUUCAAUUAUAAUGAAUAUAAAAUUU